AUGCUUCAACUACCAACAAUUAUUGUAAGCAAAGAGGACAUCAAAAUUGUUUAUUAUUAUUUGAAUAAAUUAUUUAAUUGUUCUUUCGAAUAUGCCGACAUUAAUGAAUUUAUACUCAAUCCAGAACUGCUUCAAUUAUUAUUUGGAAAUGCUAAAAUUCCCAAACAAUUUUAUGUUAUGCGUGAUGCGUUUUUAACGUUUUCUAAGGCCUACAAUAGCGAAAACUUAUUAAAAUUUGUUGUGAAUCAUUUAAUUUGCGAAUCUUAUUUUAUCAAUUUUUAUUCCAAAAACAAUAAGGAAGAAUAUAUAAAUAUUUUACACAAAAUUUUGAUUAAUGGAGACAAGUUUAGAAAUGUCAUUAUAAAUUGUAGUUAUGGCAUACCAGAACUUUUUGAUUUGGUUAUUAAUUAUAUCAAAACGUCAAAAGAUUGUUCAAAGAUGGUUGCUAAAAUUGAAUUAAAUAAAAUUGGUAGUAGUUUUGAUCGUUUAAAUGAGAAGGCUGAAAAGGUUGAAGAAGCAAGUGGACGUUGGAACAAACCGAUAUACCAAAUUUCCAAUAUUUAUAAUCCAAAAAUUAAAUUUUCUAUUGUAUACUGGAGGGUUGUAAGCAAUGGCGUUGAAUUCGAACGAAUUUAUUGUUAAAUCUAUUUUUUUGAAAUUUAUUUUAAAUUUAUGGACUGGGUCUGCCUUGAAUUUUUUGUUCUCCGAAUUAUUUAUGAAAUGGCUUAUUUUUAUUGGAUAUAGUUUA